AUGCUAUCGCGAGCAAGUAGAUUAAUAACAAGAAAUUCAUUUGGAGAAAGAGUUGUUUGUGUACAGCAUGCUUUAACCAACAACUCCAGUCGAUCCCGCGAUUAUCAUAUUGCUGCUGGUCAUGGCUUUCGACCGUCGGGUAUCAGCUCCUGCACACUUUUAAAUACCAAAUAUGCCACCCUCAAACCCCUCACAGCGGCAGUGUUAGUGAGAAAUCUCAACACAGCAGAUGUAGAUAAAUCGGCGUUGUUGCAAACCAUCCCGGAACCACCGACAAUUCCGCAGGCUGCUCCCGAAAUUGCCGACAUUGUGGCUGGUGCGGAACCAACCUUUGCCUCUAUUGGUCUAGGAGGCUGGUCGCCAGUCGGAAUCGUGCAAAACUGCAUGGAAUUCCUGCACAUUGGACUCGAUCUGCCCUGGUGGGGAUGCAUCGCCAUCGGAACCGUGGUCGUCAGAACGCUGCUAUUCCCUUUGGUCAUCGCUUCGCAACGAAAUGCGGCCAAAAUGAAUAACCAUAUGCCGCAGCUGCAGGUGUUGCAGAUGAAGAUGACUGAAGCUCGACAGUCGGGCAAUGCCAUCGAUUCUGCUCGCUACGGCCAGGAAAUGGUGCUAUUUAUGAAGGAAAAAAAGCUGAACCCAUUGAAAAACAUGCUUGUACCGCUCGCCCAGGCGCCCAUUUUCAUUUCUUUCUUUAUGGGCCUCCGUGAAAUGGCCAACACACCGGUGGAAUCGAUGCGCGACGGGGGACUGUUUUGGUUCACUGAUUUGACGAUCUGCGACCAGUUCUAUGCGCUCCCCGUGAUCACCAGCAUAACGUUAUUCCUCACGAUCGAGCUUGGCACAGAUAGUGCGCGAAUGUCGGCCGCUAACAUGCAAACGGCCAAGUAUAUCCUGCGCGCGUUACCGUUAUUUAUCUUCCCAUUCACCAUCAAUUUCCCUGGGGCGAUCCUUUGCUACUGGGCAUGCAGUAACUUCUUCUCGCUGAUGCAGGUGGGCUUUCUGCGGAUACCAAAGGUCCGAGAUUUCUUCAAAAUUGAUCGUAUCGUUACGCACCGACCAGAAACCCUGCCCAUUAAGAAGAAAGGCUUUACCGAGGGCAUCAAGGAAUCUUGGACUAACAUGAAAAUAAGUCGAGAAUUGGAAGAGCGUUCGCGCGUUGAUGAGAUCCGUUUUCAAAAGGCAGGCAAAGGACCGUUGGUAAAAACUUACAAAUACGAUCCUACGGCCCCGCGAACCAACGCUGCUAGCACAGUGAAUGCGAAAAAGCGGUAAUGGCAAUAACGACUGUUGCCCUUGUUCGGGCUACCAAUGCUACCGUCUCCCGAGUCAGUCAAACAUCCUAAACCGUUACAGUAGUUAAACUUGAUUGCU